UUAUCGCCUGCAAACAACUCUCUCCCUCCGUCUCUCAGUGUCUCUCUGUAAUUGAAUACUAGCAAUGGCGAAAACGAAGAAGCGGUUGAUGUCGUCGGCGCCAUGGAGGGGCGAAGAGGAGGCUGCCGAGGAGUUUCGGGACGCGAAGCUCAAAGUCACGAAGCAGCCUGGAGCCGAACCUGUAAUGCACGUCCCUCGCAAAACCAAGGACAAGUCCAAGCGCCACGGUCACCAACAUGACGACGAUGAUGAUUCCCUCGAGAUUGACCCCCAGCUCCGCUACAGCUUUCAGCGCAACUACCAGUUUCUUCAACGGGUAUUCAGCACUGACACCCUUGUGAAACCUCUUCCACCUGCCAUGGCCUACAAUGUUUCCCGCAACUUGAACUUCUUCACACGCAUUUUCACUCAAUUCUUUGAUCCUGAAGGUAUUGCAAAUGCCCAGAAAUCGCUUGGGAUAGGACAGGAAGAGAAAGAUCGUCGUGUUCGUUGAAACAGGAGGGGAUCUAGUAAUGCUGUUGAAGACAUUAUCAGAGAUGUUAGUUGAACUCAUUUGGUUUUUGACAUUGUCAAUAACUUUUUUACAUAGUUUGUAAAAUCUGAAGAUUAAAAAAGCAAUCUUUAAAUUCA